CUACAGACAAGUCAAUGGAAGGAGUGAGGAGAUGAAGCAAACGACACCUUUUUAGGAAAUGGAAUUCAGUCAUUUCUCCUAAAUGUGGAUUUUGUUGAUGGACAACAGUGUAACUCUAUUUGCUCGUCGGUAAAUCCAGAGGCGCUGCUGUGGCCAACAUGCAGCAGGAAUACCCUGGAGUCCUCCUGGGGAUCCUGGAGGAACUGGCCAACAUGCGGCAGUGGCUGACGUUCCAGGACCUGUGCCGCAUGGUCAGCACCCGCUUCGACCUGGAGCACCUGGUGGAGCUCAGGAGUUUGCUGUUCGCCGCCGCCAGCAGGGACCCCUGCUUCCCAGCCACCCUCUUCAGAGACCGGGUGGCCGCCAGGGGGCAGGGGCUUUCACCCAUAGGGGUAGCGGCGGACAUAGUGACUAUCUUUAAUCUCCUGCAGAUGACGGGUGGAGUCUCUGAUUCCAGCCACACCAUGAGGUCUGAGCCGAUCCUCCCUGUCGACCAAUCCCCGGGCCCGAGCCUGCCCGGAAUCCACCCUCUGGACGUUUCUGGCAGGGAGCGUGUUCGGGCGCACUCUGAGUCUGGAGGGAGGGCUGUGGAGCAGCACCUGCUGUUUCCAAGACCAAACUAUUCUGCCCGCAAACGAGCAAGUCUGCCCCCGGAUCCCAUCUCCUUUGUGCCCUCCCCGCCCAUCAGGACGAGGGCAGUGUCUUUCGAUUUGCCUCAUACCACUCAUUCCUACCCCGCCAGUCCGAUUCCCCAGGAGGUUAUGAGAAGCAUCUACCUCCCUUUGGAGACGGACAGUGAUUCCAGUGGAGAUUCGGCUGCUAUGGAUGUUUUCGAAGUUGAGCCGGGAUCCUCGGUUGACCAGAAGAGAAACAUUUUCAGAAAGGACUUCCACAACCAGCCGCCUCUCAUACCACAGGUGACUAUAAGCAGUGAAUCUCCCAGCCCCAAAGCGGGACCCACUGGCUUUGACAAUCGCAACUUUGAAAUGAUCCCAAAUCCUUACCCGUCGCCAACGGCAACGCACAAAUCACCGGAGACUAAAGCUAAUCAAGAAAACCUGGAUGACCUACAGGACUCGACUUAUUUUGGACCCGGGUCGGUUCCUGAGCCGUCGCCCAUACACCUUCCUCUCCCGUCCAGGACCAGGCCCGCCUGGAGCAGCAAGAGUCACAGUCUGGAGGACCGGAUAAGUGCUGGUAGUGUCGAUAUGGGGAUAGAAUCCAAACCAGGACAACUUCCCAGGCGCUCCACACCCACCAUCAGCACUCUGGUGGGGUCCCUGGGUGGAGGCAGUGCAGAUAGUGGGUUGCCAGGUGGAGGUGAUGGAGUGAAGGCUCAGGGGACACAAACAGACCCUCCGGAUCCCAGGAGGCUCCGCAGCUUAGUCCACGCCGACCGCCUCUCCUUCAUGACCUCCCUGGAUGACCCUGAGUUCGGCGAGGAUGACAUCAGUGCCAUCUUCCGCUUCUUAGAUGACAUCAGCAUGUGCGGCUCAACGGGAGUGCUGCACUCCGGCGAUGGCAGCAUCAACCAGGACACCCCUGAAGGCAGACGCGGGCGCCUUGGUCAGCUCAAAAGACUGUUCCAUUCUUUGGAGAGCAGCGACGACGGGCUCCAAGCAAGCGUCUGCAAGCUGCUGCUCCGUAUGAGUCAGAUAGAAAGACAGCUGGAGUCACUGAACGACGUGAAAGCCGAGAUCUCUCAGGUGCUCUCCGCUCUGCAACGGCUGGACGAGAAGAUCCAGCAGCCCGGCGUUCAGGGCUCCGGGGGUAGAUGGUACGAGGCCAUCAGCGGUGUCUCCUCUUUUAUGAGCCAGCCCAUAACUCCCUCCGAGUUGUCAGAGCCUCAGCCUUUGUCGGCAUCCGGGCAUCUGUUACCGGGGACCAGCAGCAGCAGCCUGGACUGGAACCGCUGGAACACCCCCGGGGAUCCGACGGAGAGCAGCAAAAGCCUGGGAGAUUCCAAAGGGUCUAAAGACGGCAAGAAGGACGCGGCAUCUCGCCGUGCCUCCAAAACUCAGACCGAGGACAAAACCAUGCCGGAUAGCAAACAUCCAAUUCUCUCUAACUCUGCAAAAGACUGGAAAGUGUCCUUCUCCAGGAGAAAAGACAGCAAAUCCUCUCAAAGAAAACUCGGGCAGGCGGAUCAGUCAGACAGCACCACUAACCUACUCUCUCAGAAGCCUGCUAGCAUGGUGGAACAAGUGUUAAACUCCUCCUUAUUCCAUCAAAAGGAUGGCAGUCUCACGCGGGGGCUCGCCACAGCAAAGGUCAUCGACCCCCAGCUGGCUGAGGGGAGAGGAAGGCCCAUAUGGACCGUCGAUGACAGAGAAGCCCGGAUCUCCCCUUUGGAUCUACAGGGUCAGGACUCUCUGAACCCCAACAUGGACUUCUGGGUGGACGACAUCUACACUCCAGGCUACGACGCUCUCCUCAGACGGAAGGAGGCUAACCUUCGCCGCAUCAAGAUCUGCAAGCUGGUCGCCCUGGUUGCCAUUGUGGUGGCCAUCAUCCUCAUCAUCGUCAUCCCCAUUUGCACAGUGGUCUCUUAAAGACCCUCAAAGGCACUCACAUUGCUGCCUACCUUCAUUCCUGUCUUAGCGUUGCGUCUGCAGUCGUGUGCUGUUCUCUGAAACUUGCACGUCAUCCUAACCAAAUUAGGAAACUGUGACUCUGAUCAAGUCAAGUCUUAGUACCCCUUUUUUUCUGGCAACAUCUUUUGUUUCCAGAGAGAGAUUGUAAGUUUUGCAUAAAGUUUUAUUUUGCUGUAAAUCCCGCCGAGAGUUUUUUUUCUUCAAAUUGCUGCAAUCUAAUUUUUUAUUGUUACAGCUGCCUGCAUAAUAAAGUCUUAAACUAGUAAUACUGAGCCAACGCAAA